AUGGUCAUGCUCCUCAGUACGCCUCAUGUUCUGUCGUCCAUACCGCGCCUCCUCCUCAUCCCGCUCGUCCUUCUUCUGACUGGCCUCUUCAUCCUCCCACGACCAUAUCAUGAGGCAACAACGUCCACGAUUCUACCCCACCUCAGCCUCUCGAGAAAGAAUGUCACCGAAGCCGCUUCAACCUUCUCUCCUGCUACUCAUGGCUUCUGGCGUGAGCUAGCCACUGCUCUUGUCGUUGCGCAACCCCAAUGCGACAGCCUCGCCUUGGGCAACGGCACAGGCGCCUUGAACUUUCCCGAUCCAAGGUGGGAACCACUCAACACGCACAACAAGCCCAUAGAACGUCUAUACAACUUCACCGAGUACCACGAAAGAGCACUGUUGAGAGCGCACUACUCGAUGCGCACUGCCGCGAAGCACCUUGGGCCCAAGCUUCCGUUUGCAGCAGGCACGACAGGAAUUGUCAUGACCUCCAACAAACAGUACAUGCCCAUCUGCCUCGUCUCCCUCCGCAUGUUGCGGAGAACAGGGAACAAGAUGCCUGUUGAGAUCUUCAUUGACGACUGGUCCAAAUACGAUCCCGUCGUUUGCGAGACCGUACUCCCCUCCUUGAACGCACGUUGUGUCAUCAUGUCCAACAUAUUCAAUUCGGCACACAACGUUGCACCGCUACAGCAUUUCCAGUUCAAGAUCUUCGCUCUCUUGUUCUCCUCCUUUCAGCAUGUCCUGUUUCUCGACAGCGAUUCAUUUCCCGCUUACGAUCCCAGCGUGCUCUUCACAACUGCACCCUACACCACCCACGGCCUGGUCACUUGGCCCGACUUCUGGGCCCUCUCCAUUUCUUCCCAUUUCUACCACAUCGCCGGUAUCCCCGAGGAGAAGUUUGAUGCUCGCCUUUCCACUGAAAGUGGCCAGGUGCUGAUCAACAAAGACAUCCAUCGCGACUCUCUCCUCAUGAUGGUGUAUUACAACUACUACGGCCCGGAUUUUUACUACAUCCUCCUCUCCCAGGGCGCGCCAGGUGCCGGCGACAAGGAAACAUUUGUCCAGGCUGCCAUGGCAGUCGGGCUUCCCUACUACCAAGUCAAGACCGGACCCCAUAGCCUCGGUCGCCAUAUCAAAGGCGAAUUCCGGGGCAUUGGCAUUUCCCAGGCAGACCCCGGCGUCGAUUUCGAAUACCUUCCCCCUAUGAAAAGUCACCUGCACGCGAAUGGCAUCUGGGAAGACGCUGAUCUCGCGCACCCGGACCCCGCCGUUGCCAAAGCCCUCAACCACACCCGCAAGGCCCCAGCCCCUCCCCGCCGUCUCUUUCUCCACCAAAACAUUCUCAAACUGAACCCCGCCGUCGUUUUGAACGACAAGAAUAUGCCCACGUACGAACCGGACGGGACGCCGCACCGCAUGUGGGGGAAUGUCAAGGAAGACAUGAUCCACAUGGUCGGCUACGACGUCGAACGCCGGCUGUGGGACGUGAUUGCGGAAGAAGGAUGUAGAGACCAGCAGGAUAGCAAGAUUUGUGCUAAGCUGCGGACGCAUAUUGGAGAGGUCUUUGGCUGGAUGGAUAGUAUCGACCGCCCGUGGUGA